AUGGCCUCCAGCUCCAGCAGCGCCUCCCAGCUCCGGGAGCAGGGGCUGGGCAGGCUGCACCGCGCGGCCGCCCGCGGUGACCUGGGCUGGCUGAGGCGCUGGCGCUGGUACGUCAAGGUAGUCGGCAUCAACAGGCCAGACCAGGAGAUGCGGACACCUCUGCAUCUGGCUUCGGCCAAUGGCCAUGCAGAUGUCGUCAGAUAUCUGCUAAGGAAGAACAGCCAGCCCAACCUCGCUGACAGCUUCAAGAGAACGGCCCUGAUGAAGGCAGUCCAGCAGGAGCAGGAAGAAUGUGUUGCUGUUCUGCUGGAACACGGUGCCGACCCCAAUCUGGCAGACGCUGACGGCAACACUGCCCUUCACCUGGCUGUCCUCUCUAAAAACACAGCUGUAGCAGGGCUGUUACUGGAGCAUCAUGCCAACAGUGAUGCUCAGAACCAGUGGGGAUUUACCCCCUUCAAACUUGCAGCCUUGCAAGAGCACGAGGAGAUUCUGGAGUGCCUUGUGAACAAAGCAGCUGACAGGCCUGCUCAAGCCCAGGGGGAAAGGACUGCUCUUGUGGUUCCUGGAAGCCAUGAGGCUCACCUGGAGGAAGAUAAUCUGUGCUUGCAGGAGGAGCUGGACAGGGCUGGCGCGGAGCUGCAGGAGGAGGAAGAAAAGCAUCUUCAGUCUGAGCAUUGUGUUCCUGACUUGAAGACUGCCUUGGAUGCCAAGAAAAGAGAGGCAGUAACUUCCUCCCAGAAACUGCAGGACCUCCUGUUGGCAUCUUGUGAGACCAAUCCGACUGUGAACCAACUGGAAGAAGACGCGCAACACUCUGCAAGUGAGAACAGCAGAUUGGAAGCCACUGUCCAGCAGCCAAGCGAGAGCGUUGAAGCCCUUCCGAGAGCCCUGCAAGCCUCUGCCUCAGGUGGUGAACUUUCCCAGCAGCUGGACAUGGAGCCUGGAACAGGCAUGCAGCUCGAGGCCCUAAACCAGGCUUUGCAAGAAGAGCUGUCCACUCUGCUUGGGAAGUGUGAACAACUGGAGAAGAGCAAAUGUCAGCUGCAAGAAGAGGUGACAAAACACCACCAUCAUUUGGAGGCUUUGGUGCUGGAUGGCAGCCAAAGAGAACAGUGUACAAGAGAGGUGGCAGAAGGAGCUGACCAGGAAAGAAGUGCAAAGCUACAAGAGGUCAGCCUCGUUUUGCAAGCACAGGCAGCCCACCAGGCCCCACUAGGACAAACUGGAGACAGUCAUUGUGAUUCCAUGAGAAUCCAGUUGGAAGAAAGGAUUAGAAAUCUGGAAAGUGAAUUGGAGAGGGUCAAAAACACCCAACAAGAGAGUGCUUCUCGUAAAGAAGCAACACAGGGAGAGAUGGGGAUGUACAAAGAGCUGUAUCUGGAGGAAGUUAAAACCAGAAGAUGCCUUGCCAAGAAACUGGAAAGGCUGGAAAAGCUUCUGAGGAUAGAGAGCAGGAAACUCCGGGUUAAUGAAGAGAAAGGAAGUCAGUCCCAGCUGGAAGAAAUGAAGAAGAGAUAUUCUGAAAAGGUCAAGGAAGUUGAUGGAUUCCAAAGAGAGGUUGCUGAACUUUCCCAGAAGCUGGACAGGGAACGUGAACAGUGCACGCAGCUGGAGGCCAAAAAUCAGGCUUUGCAAGAAGAGCUGUCUGCCCUGCGUGGGGAGUGCGAGAACCUGGCCAUGGACAAAUGCCAGCUGCAAGAAGAGCUGGCAAAACUCCACCAUCAUUUGGAGACCAACGUGGUGGAUCGCAGCCAACUCGAACAGUGUAAAAGAGAGGUGGAAGAACAAGCAGACCAGGAAAUAAGACAAAAACUCCAAGAAGUCAAUGAGUUUUUGCAAGCACAGGCAGCCCACCAGGACACCUUAGAAGAAAUCAGAACCAGUCAUGUGGACUCACUGAAAAAACAGCUGGAAGACAGAAUUAGAGAUCUUGAACGUGCACUGGGAAGGACAAAAAGCAACCAAGCAGAAAGACCUUUUCAAAAGGAAUCCACCCAGGCAGAAGUGGACAAGUACAAAGAGCUGUAUCUGGUGGAAGCCCAAAGAAGAAAAAGCUUCGCCAAGAGACUGGAAAGAGCUACUGAGAGACUUGCAGAGGCCAACACCAAGCUCUUUUUGGAGCACCACAGAAGCAGAUCUGCAGUCCCAAGCAGCGCUGUCAGCGGACUUCUGGCUGCAAGUCCACUUCUGGAUUCACCUGGCCUGGGACAUCUUGGCAUCA